AUGGGCCGGCAACAAUCGGCCCUUGAGGCGAUGCAGGAAGAGCUCCUGGCCGGAAUGGCACGGCGGCCGGAUGAGGCGCGUGUCUCUGCAGUGGAACACGGCAUAACGUCGCUUCACACCAAGCAGAGCGAGAUUUCCGCCACCCUGCAGGCUGGUGAUCAUGUGGCCGAGAGCUUAGAAGUUGCAGGGGGAAUUGCAGAGGGCCUGGGGCUUCAGGGCAGACACUUCGACGUAAGGUCAGGGUACCGGUCCAGCAGGUCAGACCUCGAGCCGCAUGCUGUGGCAGCCAUGCUGCAGCCGCUUCAGCAGAGGAUAGCUCAGCAGGAGUCAGAUCUGAAGGAGAUGGAUGCGAAGCUUGUGGAGCUUCGCCAGCUACGGGUCCCGGCCCUGAAGAGCGAGCUGGCGACGGUUGCAGACGCUAUGACGACGCUGUGUGCCAAGAUCGAGGACAUGGACAAUUUGAAGGCCGCAAAUGAACGGCUCAGCUCUGAGCUAGGCACCGUGGCGAAAGCUGUCGCCAACCUCGCCGACCAUGUCGACCGACUGGAGGGGAAGACGCCCACGAACAGCGUCGCCUCUGCGGGCGAGGUGGCUUCUGCACCCACCCCGCGGGACCCUCGGCGCGACCAUCGCAAAGCACCGAGCCCAAGAAGGUGGCUGCAGGAGCCCCUGUCCGUGUCCGUGGGCCGCUGCUCUGAUGUCCCAGGCCACAGACCUGCCUGGGCAAAGGUUGUUAGAUAG